GCGAACUUAACCUCAAAAUGAAUAAUAUCGAACACGUUUCCGUAUCAUUAUAAUAGUUACGCCGAAAAGCCGUACGAGGCGGAAGCUAGAAGCCAGAAUUAGCAGCCAAACGUUCUAAUGUUCACUCGAACGAGAUAGUAAAGUCCGAAAGUCGAGAUUUUCCGCAAAACCUUGAACCCCCAAUAGUUUUAUAAAAUUAUGAGGGUAAAACUAAACCGCAUUUCUCUAUUUCCAAAAAGCUUAACACGUUUGGUUGUUAACUCUGGCUGCUACCUUCGGCUUCGUAACAGCGGAGUUCGUUCUUUCUUUUUAUCACGCGAACGAGCCCCUCGCCCCUGCUUCCUGUACCCUACAUACGAUAUUAUAGAUAUGUAUAUAUUCAUUCGUCUUCUUUGAUUAUACCAUUCCUCUAUUUGCUUACCAUCCCUCCUCCCCUUCCCUAUCCUUGUUCCCCCUCACCGUCGCCUAUACUCUCGAUCGUAGAUCCGAAUAUCCCUCCCCCUUCCCUUCUUGCUGCAGAUACUGCUGCUGAAACAGUAUCGAAGAACACUGGCCGCUGGAUGAAAUUGGGAGACAAAAAAACGGGCAGAGAGAAAGAGGGACAAAGUGAAAUUUGGAAAGUUAGAGGGCAGACGAGGAAAGGAUGGGAAGGCGUUUGAAAAGGCGCUGAAAAUCUUAGCUACGCCCAUAGCCCGCGGAAAGUCGCCUGUUGAACGUCGAUCGAUCAAUCCAUCGAUCAACCAUCGAUCUUCUCGGAAAUUGUGCGGAUAUUGACGACCAACUACUGAUGGUUCAUUCCGAGAAGAAAAGGGAAGCAGCCGAAGGAAAAGGAGGAACGAGGAGGCGGGUGGUAGUGUGUUAGUCCGAACCGUCGUGCGCAAACACGCGUCUUGAAGAAGAACUGCCGAGAAAAAGAAAGAAGACGACUAGGAAUAAAGAAGUAAAACGGCUGAGAAAAAGAUUGCCGAAGAAAUUCCACCGACCGUCGUCGUUGUUCCUCUUGCAAUAAGCGCCAUCCGCACACGAACACAUUCGCGCACACAGCAUACGCGAAUCGCCUACAAGCCGAGAGAAUGCAAAGGAAAGUACCUCGGAUACGUCGCGACCUGGAGGGUGAGCGGGGGCGUCGACGACGCGGAUCCGCACUGCCACGAUGAUCCGGACAGUAGCCCGGUGCUGCUGCUGCUGCUAGAAUCGUCCGCACGUUUGUCAAUCACUCCCUUGUAAUCGAGCAGUGUCUCGUCUCGUCUCGUCUCAUCUCGUUUACCAAUUACGUGGAAAGUCUCGUCGUGCGCGAGUUUUCCGAGCGAUAUCUAGUUUCGGCGGAACGGACAAAAACCCCGACCAGCGAGGAACAGCGAGAAGAAGGGACAGCUGGACUGGACGGUCCCGCGAAUUGCGGUGGGACGGCGCCCCGGGGGCGGUGCGGGGGGCGCGGGGGCCGAAACGGGGACCGGAGCGCACCAGGGGUUUCCGCCGACCUCGCUGACCGCCGUCCUCGGCCUCGUCGCCCUGGUCGCGGUCGUCGUUCUGGUAACAGCGAGCAGAGUCUGCACCGAUGAUCGGGUCCAGGACGCGGAGCAGCGCGGCUCGUCGACAUCGUCGUCGUCCUCGCACGCUCGUCGGGAUGGAACCGCCGAUUCCGCGACCCUGACCGAAGGCCAGCUCCACCGAUUUCGGGGCGAGAGGCGGUGGCUGGUUUUGAGGAGGAGGACGAGGAGCGGAAUCGUACGCCUUCCUCAUCGCAGAUUCGGCCCCCAAGAGGAUCGGGAGGAGGCCCAGAGGAGGAGGAAGAGGGAGAGGAAUAAGAAGAACGAGGAUCACAACUGCUUUCGAGAUCGCGGUCGGAAAGGGGAAAUCGCUACGACGACAGUGUCCGGUGUUCGGGGUUUCACAGGUGAUCGUGCUCUUGGUGGUGAUAGUGGUGCUUACAGUGCCGCUGCUGUCGAUGGCCAGUCGACUACGGUAGCCGGGCCGAUGUCACCUAGGUCGAAUAGCGAAGAACCAUCGGGCACCGAGGGCGACGACGAGAUAGUUUAUCAGCGGGGUUCACCACGGCGCAAGGAGGAGAACGAGAACGAGGACGAGGAUAUCGCGCUUACCCAACCACCUCCAUCACCGACCAAUCAUUCCUCUAUGGAAUCACUGAGCCGUAGCGGGUACAUUCUUUCCGUCGUACUCGUCCUGGCGGUGGGGGGCAUAGUUGGAGUACUGGCCACCGUGUCUCACCACUUCCAUCGUCGGCAUCAACGUCGCCUUCCCGAGGCCCCCGGGGCUUCCGACGCACUCUCGACGACCGACGAUCGACAACUUCGCCAUUCCGCCACGCCGAUGCUGUCGGUUAGCGGUGGAAUGGAGGUGGGAAGCGGUGGUCGAGGAGGUCGCGGCGGGCUCGGGGGAAGCCUCCAGGAGGAUGGACCGACCUCGAGAGUAGAAAACGACGUCGUCGCCGCGACGAAGGAUCGGGCGGUCAGGGCGAGCAGCGUACGCCAGGAUCUGGCCCUGGACCUUCCGCCCCGAUUGCAGCUACCCGACGGCGAGGAGCGACCUUACGGAGCGCACGCCGGACUUCAUCUUCGCGACCCCGAGCAGGAGAGUGAGAUUUACCAGAAGUGCGUUAGGCCGCCGCCAAAUCGGACAGUAUUCGACAGUGAGAGUCCGCCUGCUUACAGGAGUCAGGCGGCCCUGCUUGACGCCCCGGACAGAAUAGUGCGGUGUCACAGUGCCGGCAGUUCACUCCUCAAAGUAUUCAGAAAGUUUCCAAACUCCGGUAGUUCGACGCCCUCGGUUAUCGUGCCGAGGAGGCCAACCCUUUCCAGCUACUCAGAGUCGAGUAGUAAUCUGAGUAAUUUGUCUAGUCUUACGGUAGUGCCGUGCGAAACUGACGAAACUCAUCAACACGUCUGAUCCUUGGCGGUUGUGUGCUCGCGCACGAUUACUUCUUGCCUGGGUUUAAGUAAAAAAUUUUAUUACGCUGUUGUCGCCCCGCCGUCGAUGAUAAUUAUGCCGUCGAUGUGGCUGCGCUUGGCUUAGUUGUUCCUAAUUAUUUGAGUUUCAACGUUCAACGAUGAUCACGAAACGGCCGCGGCAAGAGGUGGCGGAAAUUAACGAAUAAAAGGCUGACUCCCAAUCAACUCUCAUCACAAAAUAAUAGUUAAAGGAUUAUCACACUCCGGCAGAAUGAUUUUCUCAAGUGAAAGGAAUACUGAGAAAAAAGAAGAAAAAGAUGGUGAUGAAGAUAGAGAGCAGAAAAAGGCACGAGAUGUCUGAAAUUUCGAUUUUCUUCCCUUCGUCCCUUCGACGUAAGUCAAGGAGGAAAAUGAGACCGUGACAAAUUUUACGCGACCACGAGGCAAGAUUGUAAUUGCUGGAUGUGAGAUUUUUUUGUCUUAUUUGCAUAAAUUCAUUAUGUGCACGUGUAUGUAAUAUUGAAAUAACCAAGGUGCAGGUGUAAAAUACUGUUAAACGACGCUAAGCCGAAGAUGCAGAUGUAAUAAUGAUAAUUGUGAAAAUUUUAUUCUUGAUUCCUUAUAUUAGGGAAUUCAUAACGAUGAUGAUAAUAACAACAAUAACAACAACAACAACAACAACAACAACAACAACAACAAUAAUAAUAAUAAUAAUAAUAAUAGUCGUAGUAAUAAUAAUUAUUAUUGUAAUGAUAAUUACGUAUGAUGAGCGAAAGGGAGAGAGCGAAAGAGAAAAGACAGAAAGAAAAAAAGGUAAUAAUAAUAAAACCUAAGUUCAUUCUGACAGAGUCAAACUUAUGGUAUAUAUUAUUAUUAUUAUUAUAUAUAUAUAUAUAUAUGAAGUAAUUGAAUAUAAAUAAAAUAAAGUAAUUGAAUUUUAUUCUCCAUAUUUCUCAACCUCCAAUAUCGGUGCAUAUUUUCUCAUAUUUACUAAAACAAUGCUAAAUAAUAGGGAAAAAUACAUUACAUACAUUCAUGCAUACAUAAAACCUGUAAAACUGUAUUACCUAUUUCGUUACGAUUAAUUAACAACAUUACGAGCUGGCUUCAAAUCUCGUUUUGUUAGUAGUAGAUUUUUUUUCAUUCCUUUCAUUUCUUCUUUUUCUUUUGACGUUGAAUCUGUUUGCUAAUAGGUAUAACGAAUUAAAAUUUGGCAAAGAGAAUAAGAAGAAGGAAAGAGUAGAAAAAAAAUUGAGAAAUGAAACUUGUGAGAUGGCAUUAUGAGUUGGAAAAGUGACGAACGAUCGCAAAGAACUGUCGGAGACGGAAGGGGUUCGACGUUCUUUUUAUAUUGGUUUUUCUUUUACACAUUGCAAUCCAGAUACUCUGCUGACGCGUAUUACGAGUUGCUGGGGUGUACGAUAAUAGCUUAAUUACACAUGAGAGGCCAGUCUAUUAAUAUAGAUCUCAAAACAAGUCCAAAGUUACAGUAGAGAAAACGGGAGAGAGAGAGAGAGAGAGAGAAUGAAAAUUGUAUUAAUUAGGUAAAGAAAUGAGUGAAAGAGAGAUAAUAAAAUUGAAACCUACGACAGUGUAAAUAGAUAUAAUUAUUGAUGGAUGAGUUUGCCUGACGCGCGUAUUUCUGCUGUCACCGUCGCUCAGCCUGUGAUCUUUGGUUAUUCCUAUCUGAAAAGGGAAGAAGUAGCGAGCGAGUGUGGAUGUGAAUGACAGGUGAUAUGUCAGAAGAAGAAAAACACAUUCGAUGAUCGAAUAUAUCAAUUAUUUUAAUUACACAUACAAGAUCGAAGAGAAAAUGAGGAGAAAGAAGAAAAAAACUGGCGAAAUACGUGAUGUAUCGGAUGACGGAUGGGGACGUGCUUGGACGAUUGUCGAAAUACUCUGGUGUUGACGUAUUUUUCCAUUGAAAUGAACGAAUUUGAGAGAAGAGAAAUUGGAUAAAGGCGUAAAUUAAAUAAAAAACUAAAUGAAUUGAAUAAAGACUUAGAAAACAAAAAAUCGUUGAUUGGCAUUGCAGUCGCAGUUUAUAGCAUAUAUAAAUAUAUAUAUAUAUAUUUAGCAGAAAUUACGAUAUCGAUUUUCACCCGUGAAUAUUCGAAUACGUACGCAGAGAAACGUACGAGAAUAAAUUGAACUAAUAAGUGAAUAAUGAUGUUAAUAAUAAUAAUGAUAACGAUAAUAAUAAUAAUAUUAAUAGUUAUAAUGAUUACAAUAGUGAUUACAUUACGACAAAUGUUGCGAAUGUUUCUGCGAGCAAAAUACGAACGAAAGGAGGUAAAUUGUUUCGGAAGUAAGAUCGGCGGGAACAAGAAGGUGAGAAUAAAAUACAUAGUAUGAAAAAUAUGGAAAGACAGAUGAAAUGAGGAAAUCUAUGUAGUGCCAAGAGCAAAUAAAAAGUAAAACAUUGUAAAUAUUAAGCUAGGUAGUUCAAUAACAAUAUGAUUCUCCGAUGAAAAAAAGAAUAUAUAUGUACAUAUACGUGUGCACAUACACGCAUAUGUGUCUGUGUAUAUAAGCUGAUACGUAUAGGUAUAAUAAAGUGAUUAAAGGUAAAAAGAAAACAAGAAAAAAAAAAGAAAAGAAAAGAAAAAAUGAGUCAACAGAAUACAAGAAAUGAAUAAAUAAAGACGAAUGACGGCAAACGAUGAACGUACCACACCAGACGGAGUCACUGCGAAACAUAAACACGAAAACACACAUUCUGAAGCUGGAUGUCAGAUGUUUACGGUCUACGGAAUAUAAUACGAAAUACAACGUCACAGUUGAUUGAACUCUUCUUUAUUUUUUCUUCUUUCUUUUUCAGGCUCUUUUACUUAUUUUCUAUAAUUCGAUUGAAUAUCUCAUAACGUACAAUUCGCUCACGAAUUGUUGGUUUUUCUUAAAUUAUUCACUACACCUGAAGAUGAAGUAAUUUCUGUCUAUAGCUCCAUCACACACAGGAUUACCAUUAUUCACUUCGGCCGCCUUGUGAUGGCGCACCUUGCUUCUUGACAUUCUUAUACAAUAUCCUGGUAUCUUCAUAAUUAUUAUUAUUAAUAACGUUAAUAUUAUUAUUCUUAUUACAAUUGGUGAUAAUAAUACUAAUUUUAUCAUUAUUAUUUUUUAAUGGGCAAUACUAUCAUUAUUACUAUUAUUAUUAUAUGCUAUUAUUAUUAUUAUUACUAUUGUUAUUACGAAAGUAUAGGCCACAGUUCCGAUCAAACGGACUAACUAUGCCUUGACAAAGAUGAAUUUGAAAUGAAUAAAUGAGUAAAUAAAUAAAUAACCGAAUUAAUCAAUAAAAGCGACUGAUCGAAAAACGCGUUUGUAAGUCUUGUUCUUUCGAUUUUCUUUUGUUUUUUUCCGUUUUUUAUUUUUGACACAAAAGGUUUCCUCUAUCUAGUAUUUCUCGUUAGCGUUACUCUGAAUAGCGUUGCCCGUGUAUAAAUUAUUGCACAACAAUAGAAAAUGUAAAAUAAGCAGGUCAACGAGGGAGGGAAAAAUAGACGUACCUCUGAUAUAUCGACAUCAUUUAUUUUAGUGUUAUUUAAUUUUUUUGUUUGCUUUUCUUCUUACAUGUACCAAGAAUUGCACGAUCAAUUACAGGGCUUACAAGUACCAAUUAUGUGAACAUCAGAUAAUAAAAAUUUCAAAAAUUUGUGUAACACUAACUUGGAUUCGAGGAACCGGAAGCCAGUGAAAAAAAUAGUUCUUUCUAUUUUCUCUCUUAUUUCCUCCGUACAGGAAAAAUGUACAAUUAUCUCAUCUCCGACGAUGAAUAACGACGAGUCUUGGGAUAGAUGAGCAAAAUAAGUUAAAUCAGGUUACUGCCUUAAGUAAGGAGCAAGUAUACUCGGGAAUGACUAGGCCCUCGCUUUCUUGUCACUGGUAAUUGAUUGUGAAAUUUUAAUAUGCAACACAGUCGGAAUAAAAAAUGAAAGGAAAAAAAGCUAAUAAUAUACAUUUUACAGUUAUAAUAGUCACGUGACAUUAUCAGCAGCACUGUUAAUAAUUUUACUACCGUCACCGCUUCUUAUAUUACACAUUACGAUUUUUUUUCUGUGUAAAUAACGUUAAAAAUAUCAUCAUCGUCAUCACCUUCAGCAUCAGCAUUACCAUCAUGGUCAUCAUUGUUGUAAGUUGUUGUUGUUAUUGUUGUUGUUGUUGUUGUUGUUGUUGUUGUUGUUGUUGUUGUUAUUAUUAUUAUUAAUAUUACUACUGCUGCUACUGCUACUCUACUACUUGUAAUUCGAAAUUCUGAGUACAUGUUACAUGGCGCGAUAUCAGGAGGCAUAGUUUGCAACGAUGAAGAAACCCAGUAUUGUGUAAUAUUUCCUCAAAGCGAAAUUGGAGCGAUAAUUUUUAUCCUCGUUUUUUGGGUUUUUGGGGAUAAACAAUCGAUACAACUUGUUAUAGUUUUAAUUAAUCAACUCAUCUAUUGGGUUAGACCAUUAAAAUAUCUACUUGAUUCGAUCGAAGAAGGAAAACAUGGUGUUUCAGGCGAUUAAUGGCGUUCGAAACGAGUUGUACAUAUAGUGGAUUGAUUAUGAAUUUUUGACGCAAAGGGUACGAACAAUUGCCUUAAUGUCUGUAAUGCAAAAAGAGAUAAGGAAAAUAUCGACCCUCGUCAAAUAUAGUUGACGAAAAUUAAAAGAAUACCAGACUGGCGUUUUUGGCGAAACAAGUUUUUUCAAGUUAUAAAUUUACGAUAGUGAUAGUUGAACUGAAACUAUUGACGAUCGUAAAUGUAAUAAUGAUUAUUAUAAUAAUUAUACUAAUAAUAUGAUACAUUUGAUAUAUUAACGAUAACAAGAAUAAUGAUAAUGAAAUACGCAUAAACCGCGGAAAAAGAGCAGCAGCUGAAACUUUUUAUAAUAGGAAAAAUUCGCUCGUUGUUGCGCAGGAACAUUAUGAUUAUAUAUAUAUAUUAUAUAUAUAUAUCCACGCAUAUGUGUCUAUAUAUACAAAUUUAAUAUUCGAUCAUAGUUAUGAUUUUAUAAUUAAAGUACUAAGAAACAAAUUACUAGGGGUAAUAAUAAUAAUAAUAAUAAUAAUCACAAUAAUAAUAAUAAUAACAAUAACACUAGUAGGAAUACAAAUCUGUAAAAAAUAUCUUACGACGUGAGACAGCGGCUAUCUACUUGUGAUCAAGAUGUUUCCGAUACUAUUGUGAUUCCCCCAAAGAGGGGGAGAGACAGAAGAAGAUUACAAUUAAGUGAAGAUUACAAAUAAAAAUAAAUAAAAACGAAGACGUGUUCCAAAUUUCCAAAGCGAACUCUCGUAUUAAGUGGUGUGUAACUGGAAUAGAAAAACUAGGAUAAAGAAACAAAAAAAAAUUUGUUAUCUUAUAAUAAAUAAAUAUUAGAGGUGAAUAAUUGAACCGAUGAAAUGAUGGUGAUUCGUAACUAUUAUAUAAUUCUUAUUGAAUACAGUAUAUUAUAUAUAUAUAUAUAUAUAUAAUACAUACAUACAUACAUAUAUAUAUAUAUAUAUAUAUAUAUAUAUAUAUAUAUAUAUACAUAUAUAUAGAGAGCGAGAGAGAGAAAUGUAUACACAAACAUGUAUAUACCGAGUAAUCAAUUAAUUUCCGUUGUCUUCGCAGCUUUGAAAAAGAGAAAAGAAAAGAAAAAAAAAACAAGAGGCUUUAUUCACUCGUAUAAUCUUCCAUUCUUUGUUUCUCUGUUAUCUUGCAUGGAUCCCCUAUAUCUGACUGCCGACUGAAAUAUAUAUAUAUAUUUUUUUUUUUAAAGAAUAUAGACACAGACACACACACGCGUGUGUAUAUUAUAUAUUUAAAUAUAAGUAUGUAUGUACUAAGUUGUAUCCUAUAUCAUUGCACAGACUCGCGCAGAACUGAUGUAAAGAAUACCUAUACGCAUAAGUGGAGCCGAGAUUAGUAAGAAUUGAGGAAAAUAUUUAUAAAACAGGGGAAAAAAGAAUCAAAAUCCGUACCGCCGCUUGCAACUUAUCCAUCAAUCUAACUUACGUAUUUUGUAUUUAUUUAUUUAUUUAUUCAUUUGCUUGUCUAUUCUUACCUCCUGCAGUAACAGAAGAGGGCAACUUCUUCAUUACUUUCUUUGAAACUAUUCCGCUCUCUGAUGUUUAAUGGCUUUCGAUAACCUGACUCAUUGACUCAUUAAACUUGAACUUAUACGCACCACGUAGUUAUAUUAAUUAAUCGAUGAAUUAAUAAAUAGGUAAAUAAAAAAAAAAAAAAAAAACAUGCCUGUCUACGUAUAUAACAUAUUGUGUACAUAUAUUUCAACGAAAUGGUGAUGGCCAUUUGCUUGAUAAAUUAUGGUGCGGGAGAAAUUUCUUUCUUAUCCGAAAACCCCUCCUGGAGUCCCUUUAUACGUAUAACAAUAUAGAGAAAAAGUUAAUAAAGAGAGUAAAAACGUGAAAAAGUCGUAUUGGUGGCAGGCUGCAGCGUUUUCACAGAAAAAAAAUUAUAUUUUGAAAUAUAUUAUUAUUCGGUGUAAAAUUAUAAUGACAAUUAUAUUAAUAUCACGCAGUUUUCUACAAAAUAAAGAAAACCAUAUUUGAAA